AUGGCUGCUGAUGGUGCCGAUCUGGUAUCAUUGCUUCCUGCGAGCAAUGUGGUAGGAACGAUACGAGCAAGACAUCCAACAAUCUAUGUCUUCACUGGGGGUAAUGAGGACGCUGCAUUUUUGUCUAUAUAUGGAUUCAAUUUGCUACUUGAUGGGGGAGAUCAAAAGGAAGUACCAUAUUGGAACUUCAUAAAGAAUUACGAUAAAAUAAAUGUGGUGCUGUCGACCCGAGCGAGUCCAGAAUGUGUUCGUGGAAUAUCAACCAUUUUGGCGAGAAAGGCUGUGGAACAGUGUCACCCGAAGAUAGGAGCUUUUAUUGGUAAUCUUCCGCCUCGUAACACUUGUGGUACGAACAACGAUGGGGCAAAAGCAAUACUUUCCGUUCAUGAAGGGCUCCAGGCAGAGGGUAUAAAACCGCAUGAUGUUUACUUGAAUCCAAAAAUGGAACCCGUGACACUUUAUGAAGUGCUUGGGGAAGGCUCUUUGAAAAUGGUAGUGUUGAACCCAGAUCGUAAUUCGAAGCAUUUUACUUCACUUGUUAAUGCUAUGAAAAAUGGAGAUAAUUUCGAAAAGUUCUCAACGGCAGCUAGUAUUGCAGUUGUACUGAUCUGGCAGCCUUCCGACCACUCUAAACCGACAAUAAGGAUUUUAUAUCCUGUUGAAGUGUCACGUGCGGAGCUUAUAGCACCGCAUGAAUUCGCAAAUUUCACUCUUCAGAUGAAUUUAGAUUUUUCUACAAUUAUUAUGUUCUGCAUUGAGCUGUUUGAAAGUGCCUGCCCUUUAGAGGUGCUUUAUGCGUCGCUUGAGAAGCUGAAGACUGAAGAAUGCUUAAGGCAUGUCGAAUUUGUUAGUGCAGAUAAAGAGAAAUAUUCGUCGAACUUAAGUUUGAAUGCCAGAGGAGGGCAGCGCCAUUCUCUUCUUCAAGCCAAGACAUCCCCAACAGUUCGGACGGGUAACAGAACAACAACGGGGUUGUCACCAAGGCCUACAGCACUCCUAAAAACAGCUGCACCGGCUACGAGACCAACUCGGAAGCCUACAACUCCUGAUGUCAAAUCAAGGGCAACCGAACACCCUUCUCAACUGCGCACUGGAACAGUAACAAACAAGCCGGCACACACACAAAUGUCAACUAAUCCUACUUCGCGUUCAACAACUACUCGACGCGUGCCAAGCAAAAGCAUUACUGCCAACGCAAAACAGCCUGUUUUGGGAAUUGCUAAAAGGGAGAGUUUAUUAAAGAAGGAAACUAGUGCCAAACCUCCAGCUGCUCCACGUAAACAUACUGCACCUCUAAAAACGGGAGAAAAGAAAACCGCAAAACCAAAUAAUCACCAUCCAGGCGAUGAAAAACUAGCUCAGGGUAAUCCUACAGGUAAUCCUACCCCAGAAGUUCUAGUUUCUGUCGCUCCUGAUUCGAAAGCUGACGUCCCGGUCUCUGCGCAUGCUGCUGACACGACAGAACUCGUUGAUCCAGUGUCACCCACUGGCAAAAUAUCGGCUCCACUUUCGGUUUCUAGCAAUGAGCUGGAAGCUCAAAUAGCGGUUUCUACUACUAAUGAAACAGAAACCACCGGCUUCGCUUCUACAGUUGAUAAAACAGAGGUUGCAGGUGCCGACUUAACUGUCGAUAAAACUGAAGUUUCAGUUUUACCUUCUGAACUGGACAAAGCGGAGGAAGCAGUUGUGGCAGCUAAUGUCGUUCCAGAACAAGGUGCAGCAUUUGAACUUGAUUCUGCUACAGCAGUUUCAGACGCUGAGGUUGCAGAAGAGUCAAAAAAGCCAAAGGUACGAACUCAUACGAGUGCUUCAGUACCAGAUCCGGCAGAUUUUACAGCGGGACCUCAGGCCCCGGACCAGUCUGGUUUAUUAGAUGGUAUUGAAGAACAGUUCAAAGUUCGUCUUGUUACAAUGGAUGUUGACGGUGAAACCCCAAUGCCUGACAAAUUGUCUGGCAAAGCUUUGGAUGAUGCGAAACUUACAUCUGAUUUCAAUAAUGGAACUGGCGUGCCUGAAGUGGCGGAUUCAGGUGUUUUAGGAGCUUCUAUUGGAUUAUCUAAUCUGAUUAUGGCUGAAAAUUCUGGAGAACCAGAGACGCCUUUAAUCGACAUUCCUGCUGCCCAAAGUCCUCCAAAGGGAGCUGAGACAAUCAGCAGCAAUAAUUUGCUCGACGAUUUUCCUGAAAAGGUUGAGGAAUUUCCACAAGCUAUAAAGGGCAGCUCACCGACUGUAGAUGACCAGAUGAAUCUUACAAACGACACAGUCAAUGAGCAGACUAAUCCGACUGAAUUUAAGCCAGAUAUGGAUUCUGUUAUUCAAACUCUAGUAAGCGAGUCGAACAACUACGAUAAUUAUGAAAAGGCAGCACCUGGGGCUGAAGUACCUGAAAACAAGACUGCGGUAAAACAGAAUGGUGAUGCAUCAGAUGCAUUGCAGGCACAACAUGCUUUGGAAGAAAUGCACGCGCAAGAGGAGUAUUUACCACCGGUUGCAGCCAGUGCUAAGAACACUCGAAAUCUUCGUACUGGACGAAAUACUGGACUGGUAGCUAAACCGAAGCUUUCUCAGCCGCUGUACUUUGAUGUAGUGUUUGUUCCUCAUCACGGUUCAGAACCAGCACUCGUAGACGAAAAUGCAGCUACAGCAUUCGCUAUCAGUGUGCGGUCAAAGAGAUAUAUACUUAGUGGGCAAGAUGCUGGAAAGCCUUAUAUUUUAGAAGGGUUUAUUGCAGCGAAGAACGUUUGGAAUAAACCAGAAUUGGAGAUUGACGUACUUCCCACUCAUUCCACAGAUGCCCUUCAUGCCUUUAAUAACCUUAAGGUCCAGCAAGACUCUGGAACUGCAUCUUUAUUCUUGUCUUUACACCUAUCUUUAUAUUUUCCGCAAGCAGAAAUGUUGGAAGCAGGAAUGAACUUGAGGUGUGCAGUUGACCGGUGUACGGUGAGAUUGUCGAGUGGUGCUGAAGCUGGUGAAGGUGAUCUGUGUUCUGCCUUCAAGUUUGAGUUGUGUGCUUUAAAUUCAUCUGUCUUUUUAAGUCGGAUAGCGGGUUAUAACAAUAUGAGGGAGAUUGAGGGCGACGAAGAAAAGUAUGGUUUUUAUACAACAGUUUGA